AUGGCUGCAAGCGGCAGUGGAAUCCACUAUGAAAAUGAUCCAGACCUGGCAGAUGUUUUCAAAAGCAUGGCGGCGGCGAAACUACCCAUUACGGUUCUAAACAUUGCCAAAAAAUAUUCAGUUGCUGAAAGGUUAACGUAUAUACUUUCCAAUGGUAAGAGUUCCAGAUCUUCAGUCAAUUCAGUCAGUUAUUGGGAGUUCAAUUACUUCAUUCAAAACCAGCGCUGUCGUAUGAUCUUCACGGCAGUUGAUGGACAUAUUAUGAACCUGGAUUUCAAAAUGCCUUUCCAGGAUGACUGGUCACGUUGUAAACCCAUUGAGCUCUUCGAAAAGAAUAUUGAGAAAAUUGAAGUAAAGGGCAAACUAAACAUAAUAAACAAUCUGAAACAAGAAGCGGAACAGUGCCAAUGUCUUAUACGUUGGCUAGACUGCGACAGGGAAGGGGAAAGUAUCGCCAGCGAUGUUAGCGAAGUUUGCUUGAAAGUUAAUCCGGAUCUCCAUGUAUACAGAGCUUUAUUCUCAUUAUUAUCUGACCGGGAAAUCAAAAUGGCAGCCAAAAAUCUUAAAAAGUUUAAUACGUCUUUAUCUGAUGUCGCAUCCAUGCUACGAGAAAUGGAUCUUUGUGCUGGUGCAUCCUUUACAAAAUUCCAAACAUUGGAGGUGGGAAAUAAAUUUAUCUUUCCUUCUGUGGACAAGGACGACCAUGUUCUCAUCUAUGGUUCAUGCUUGUUUCCGGCAUUGGGUUUUGUGGUUGAAAGGUCUAAGGAGACACGUGAAAGUUGGAUGGUUGGGUGUAAGUAUAAUGUUGGCAAUCACAUGAUUAGUUUUGAAGUGCCGCCAACUAUGCUUAAAUUUGAUGCUACUUAUGAAGAUGCGUUCCCAGUUUAUACAAGCUGUGUAACGGUCUCCGGUACUGCAAGGGCGGUCACACUUGAAAGAACCGAAACGAAUGACAGACCCCGCCCCUGA